AUGGCGGAGGAGAACGUCGACGGUGUCCUGACGCGCCUGGACGAGAUCGAGAAACUGCAAACGGAAUUGCGGCAUUUAGUAGUGCCGCGUGUCACGAAUAGCUCAUCCAGAUACGCUGGGCGCCAAGAUUCAACCCCCCGCGAUUCACCCCGCGAUUCACCCCGCGAUUCACCGGUGUCAGUCCGCUUCCCGUCCCUCUUCACGUUUCCCGUAAUUUCGAAUUUUACGUCGACGCCGAGGAACGAAAAAGAUGUGAAAAAAUCAGCCGCACAAUUGAAUCUCAAUGGGAGAUCGUCGAGCGGCAACCAACCACGCUCCACGGUAAAUCUACGAAAGACGGGAGGAUCUUCUCAAAGCGGAACGUCCGCGGGGGAGGCGAAUGUCUUUAAGAGUCUAUUGAGAAGCAGCUACAACGUUGGGAGGUCACAUCCGAGAAAUUCUUCGGCCUCGACUCCCGCAGCGGAUUCGAGGGUGCCGAUAAGGAGUGGUGGUAUCGCAAAUCGAAUGCCCAAGGUACCGCAAGAAGCAAUUAAAAAGAGAUUAAAGAUCGAGACGUCGAGGGCUGCAGCCAGAGAUAAAACGCAGCGUGCGACCGGCGAGAGAUCCAACAUGCGGCUAUCCGGAAAUGAAAAUAAUGUGGAUUCAAACAUCGGACAUUCAGAUUGACGUGACGGAAGCUACGGAAUCGCGACUAAUAAGAAGAAAUAGGCCUUGCAACGGAAGCGGGCUUGUCGAGCGAAUAAUGAAAAAAUUUAACUACUGUUUCGUGGAUGAUAAGAGGGUUACUGUCCCGUAUCAUCACCCGGGAAGUAGGACACCUAGAAGAGUGCAGAUAUUACAUUCGCCAGCGAUUGAAGAAAUGGAAACUCCGCGAUUACAUGGCGUAUCCGAAACGCCAAAAUUUUUGUCAAUUAAAAAUGUGACGCAU